AUGACCGAGGUCACCGAAGCCUUCCUCCUGAACAUCUUCAGCAAUAAGCUGGCAUGGGAAGUUGCCCACAAAGCUGCUCUUGAGUCAUCCAAGGUGUAUCGUAAAGGCCUUCUCUCUCGUCUCGCAUACCUGACUGUCCUCAAGCAAAUCACUGUCCCGGACCUCCUCGAGCGCUGCCAGAUAAUCAAGUCAAAAGCCAGGAUCAUCGAUGCACAAAGCGUAGCCAACCACUAUGACUGGAUGCUGUACUGGCUCGACUUGCCAGACAUGGUCGACGAAGUGGUCAAACACGCCAACUGGGUCAAGCUGCUCGAGGAGGAAUAUAUCAAGAUCGAGCCUGUCUGGAGGGAUUUCUGGUCGCUCAUGAAUGAGCCUGACUCGACUCUACUUUGCGCACCUGUGAUGCCUGUUCGAGACAGAACCCCUAGCCAGAUCUAUAGGGAGCUGGCCGAACACAAUACCAAAAGAACUUUCCUGCAGACCCGCAUCUUGGAGGGUAAAGAAUUUCUCCUCAAGUUCUACAAGGAACCACCGGCCUGGUCGGCAUGGGGGACCGUCGAGACCGAAGACAGUAACCUCGACGAGGAGAGGAACACUGGGUUUGUCGAAGAACUCGAGGAGGAUGAAGGGGAAGAAGAAUUCGAGUUGUAA